UCGCUUUUCAAGAUUCCGAAAUCUGAAUCAAUGGCUGGCCUUAUUCGAACGGUUCAAAGAACGCGUAGAUGGAAAUGGAAUUGUUCUUCGCCUUCGUCGGUUGUUAGAACCCUGAGAGCGAGUAAUGAACUCUCUGGUAACUUGGAUUUCGGAAUCAGAGCUUACGCAGCAGAAGUUGAAACAGUUACCAAAUCGCCCUUUGAAUCCAACAUUUUACGAAUACUCCGAAACGAGAUGGAGUACCAGUUGGAGUACGCUCCUCCACAACAGCCUGUUACCAAAUUCAAUGCGUUUACGGUUGAAGGGCGACCUGGUGAGCAGGUGAUUACGAUUAGGGGGAAAUUUGGGGAGGGGGAAGAUAUCAAAAUUGAAGCUACCAUGUUUGAUGGGUUUGAACAUGUUCCUGUGGUUGGAGAUGACAGUUCUGGGGUAAAUGUGCGUCUUCACCUCAGUUUAAUUGUGGAUAUAUCAAAAGGGGGAGGUGAUAGUACAUUAGAAUUCAUCUGCUCGGCAUGGCCCGGGUGUCUAGAUGUUGAGAAACUUUAUGUAUUGAGGUGUGGUCAAAUGCCGGCUAGGCCUUACCUCGGACCUGAUUUCAGGGACCUGAAUCCUAAGAUUCAGGAAAAGUUUCGCGAGUACUUGGACGCUAGGGGAGUAAAUAAUGAACUCGCUGUCUUCUUACAUGAUUAUAUGAUGAACAAGGAUAGAAUUGAACUCCUGCGGUGGAUGAAUAGUCUUAAGUCUUUUGUGGGAAAAUAAACGGGUACGCUUGGCAACUAAGAAUUGGUGUUAAAAUUAUGUUUUGUAAUUCUAGGAAUUAGUUUCUCUGGCGAAAAGUCAUUAAUUUGUAACAUUUUGCAUCAGUUUCUUUAUUUCAUCUGAGUGCACCUCGACAAUGUCGAGCAUUAGGAGGCAAGGGCAGUAAAUAAUGAACUCUAUAUUUUCUUACUUGGUUAUAUGAUGAGGAACUGGGAUAGAGAUGAACAUCUAUUGUGGAUGGAUAGUUUCGAGUCUCUUGGAAAAUAGACAGGUAAGCUUGGCAACUAAGAAUUGAUGUAAACACGUCUAAGUUUUUCCGUUGUAGGAAUUACAUAGCUCAUGUAAAAGUUCAUUUGAUUUGUAGUAUCUGCAUCAUUUUCUUUAUUUGAUAAUAAAAUCAUGCAAGUACACCUUAUGAAUGUUGAGAAAUAGGAGUCCCAUAUGU